AUAAAUCUGCUCUUCAUAAACAACAUUUAACUCCUCUAAUGGUUAUACUCCGUCUAAAAUGUGUACAUCUGCACAAUGCAUCUUAUGCGGGGAGGAACAUUCCACUUCUUUCUGCCCGUCUGCCAUGUCAAAUGGCCAGUGUCUGGUCAAGGUCGAGUUUGAUGAGACAGUGACCGAUGCUUGCGAUGAUUGUUAUGAGCGCGUCGUUCAGUGGCUAUUAUCUUGCGAGCAUAACGAUUUAUAUACAUAUGGGCCAUGGACACUACGAGAACCAGUUCCAUACAAUAUUUCACGAGAGGCAGCGUGCCGAUUAAUGAAGGCAGAACCAGGACAACGACAGCAAUUGUAUAACAAUAUACAAUAUGCAGAGAAGGUCCUUGCUUAUUAUCGCGCCAACCCCAUUCCACCUCCAUCACACGUUUUAUACUAUUAUCAACAAGCUUUUCGCUCUCUAGAGUCAGCAAACGAGCGACAAAUGUCUUGGAAGGCUGAGAAGGCAGAUAUGAACCGUGGUUUGUAUUAUAAUAUACAUGCUGGGUGGUAUGGAAAGCAUAAGUAAAUGACGACUACCACAGAAGGUUCUGAAUGGAAAGCACUCAAAGAGACAUAUGAAAUAGAGCGAAAUUGAGCCUGCUAAUUUACGUUUGCUCACGUACAGAAACUCGAGGCAUACCGUAAUGGUGCGC